GAAAGCUCACCAUCUCAGUCAGCCUUCGAACGUCGUCGCGUUUGCACAGCGGAUUCCGGUUCUCCUAGCCAAGUCGAGGCAACACACAGCCAGAGAGAGAGAGGAAAGGCAAAAUUGCAAAAAUUCUCCAGAAGUGAUCGGAUAGUUUCACUUUGUGCCAAGGUCCCCCAGUGGUGUUUCGAUUCGCACACCCUGGAAGCUUACUCUGAUCGUCGAUUCGCCUUCAGAAUCGAAACGCACCGCGAGCCAGCGACCUUCCAGUUUGUGUGUUCGCUCGGUGAAUACCUAGUUCCCCUGGUUCACAAGUUAGCCCCACUGUUGAGUGAGUGUGAGAGAGUUUACUUUAUUGUUGCGUUGUGUAUAAGCACUGUUUCGGGUCAUCUGAUUACCGGAGCUCUCGGGGAACACCCGUCGUCCCGAUCGAGACGCUGUUCGAAAGUGUGCUGUUGGUUUGACCUGUGGUUGUCGACCAACCGAUUGGGACUUACUUAUCAGCGGAAGAGCUAAGUGUUGUUUUGGUUCGAGCCUCCCGAGUUUUUUUUGUUUACUUCGAACGCGUGUCAAUCACAUCUCAGUAAGUCACCAGCUUUAUUAGGGCAAGAUGAGCGGCGGAGUCGACGAGAUUCUCACCUAUAGACGCAAUCCAGAUGAGGAUUUUUACGCGAUGCUCAACUGCGACGAGAACUCGACGGUCGAGCAAAUCCAGGCCGAGUACAAAGUGCUCGCACUGCAGUACCACCCGGAUAAGAACGAUGGCGACAAGGAUGCUGAAGCCAUGUUCCAGAAGUUAAAGGAAGCCAAGGAGAUCCUGUGCGACCCGGAGAAGCGCGCCAACUACGACAAGUGGCGUGGCAGCGGCAUCCACAUCAGCUACAAGAACUGGGUCGGCAUGAAGGAACACGUCCAGCAGAGCAUGCACUGGGCCACACCGAAAACCAAGGACCGUAUGCUGCCGGAAUCGGGCGGUGCGGGUGCGGGUGCCGGCAGCGGCCUGAGCGCCGCCCAGCCAAACCCGGCCCACCGACGGGCGUCGGAGGGAGGCGCUGCGCUGUACUACGGCGGUCGGAAGGGCGAAUGGGGCUCGGAGAAUCCGAGCGAGGUGGUCAACAAGUUUCGUAAUUACGAAAUUUAAACUGCUGCUGCUGCUGUUGCUGGUUAAAAAUUCCUUAUGUUAAAGUUUUUGUUGGUUACGUUAGGGACGAACUUCGGGGGCUUUUAGGCCAGCGCCGGAUGGCCAAUAAAUCCACUGUGCUCCUUUUUACCGCGGUCCGAUCGAUGGACUGGAAGGCUCCGACGGUUCGAACGUUAUUUUGUUCGACUUCUGUGGCAGCCACAAUUACUGUGUAGCAGCUGUUGACCCUCAUUUCCGCAGAUGUGGACCCCUUUUUGACCCGUAUGGGGUUGUUAAAUCAAAAUAACAUUGUAAUGGACGAUCAUAUUUAUUAUCAGUAUAUGAAGCAUUUUCCACUCUAGCCGAUAAAAAAAUGUUUGCUGUUUGAUGAACUGUUGUGUCACGUUAUUUAUAAAUCAUAAGCAUAAGCAGAAACUUAUUUAGCAAUGUUGACAAGAAUAAUAACGAUCUAUGUUGAUGUAUGUAUGUGACAACCCCGAAACAAUUAGAUGUGUUGAUAUUUAUUAUGUAAAACAGAAAUCUCUAAUAGCAUAUUUCAUAUAGUCAAUUUAUGUUUGUUGUGAGAGAAAAAAAGAAGAAGCUGAAAAACAAGCGACAAAAGAGAGUAAUAAUUUCCAUAUGGACGCAGAGAUGAAUCGCGGAACUUCCAUCUCAUUGCGGGAGAAAGCAAAUAGCUUAGAUAUAAGAAUCAAAAUCAGACUUAAAUAAAUAAACAAUCGUUUGUAGUGACACAACCAGUAUACAUGUGAAACGCUAGUGAAAAAAAAAGAUGAAAAAACUCUAAAAAGAUAGCUCAUAGUGUUGACUGGCGUUUUUUAUAUAAGUAGACUAUUUUACCCCCUCACAACCAGUGGUUAGGAUUACGGAAUCAAGAGAGCUUGAGAUGUGCGGCGGCGGUAAGAGCGAUCCUCAGUCCAGAAACAUAGCAUUACUUCUCCCAACAAAUUUUACACGAUGAGUUUUGUGUGAAGAGACAACCGACCUCCCACUGGAUCCUUCCGAACUAUGUGAAACGCCUUUGACUCUCCUACCUUUCCCCUUCUUCGGGGGGGUAAAUUGUUUUAUAGCAGAUUUAUAUACAUGUACACACAAACCCAUCCACUAGCGGACAGGAAACUGAAACUGAAAGGUGUCUCUAUUUCUACAAGAUUGUAUUGUAUUUUCUCCUCUCUUUAUAAAUCAUGUACCGGAAAAGCACUCUACCUGUAGCUGGAAUCUUUUUUUAUUGAAUAAACUUUUUCAGAUGUUACCAUAUACAAAUCAAA